UGUCAAAAACAGCAAAGUAAACAUAACCUCACUUUAUUCCUAUUGUACACUAAUAUUUAUUUAAUGUGUUUAUCUAUGUGAACAAAAUGUCUCAAGAAACGCAAAAUUCUAAUAGCGUUGAUGCUGUAUCAGCCAGUGCUAAUGACUCUAAAAUUAGUGAAGAAUAUGCGUACUUAGAUCGCGGUGGAUUUUCUUCAGAGAAGUUUAAAAUUGAGCUUCGAGGAUUGCCUAAAUUUUAUGGAAUUGCUGAACUUAAAAAAUUAAUGAACCAAAAACUGGGUCUCAACACUAGUAAGAUCAAGAGGCCAAAAAACGGCAGUCACUGGCUUUUUGCUUGCUUUCAAAACGAUGAAGACAGGGCCAAAGCCAUUGCUGCGCUUAAUGGAUAUUCCUGGAAAGGAAAAACUCUAGUAGCUGAAGUAGCUAAACCAGCCCCAGAUCCUUUAGUCAGAAAGAGGAAGCAAGAAGAAGAUAGCACUGUAGCAGAUAAGAAGAAAAAAGAAGAUGAUAGAGACCAAGAGACUAGAGUCAAAGAUGCAACUACACCAUACUGGAAUAUGCCAUAUGAGGAACAGUUGAAACUCAAAGAAAGGGAAAUCAAAAACAUCCUAAUGAAGUUUGACAAUGAAAUUUGGAAAUUAGAUUAUGCAAGGAGAACUGAAAUAGAAAAUAUGCGCAAAAUACAUAAAGGCUUGACCUUUGAACUUCAAGCUAUAAAGCCUUCCCCUGUAACUAAAGGUUACAGGAACAAGUGUGAGUUUACAGUUGGUAUUGACGAAGAAACAAAACUUCCGACUGUAGGGUUUAGAUUAGGAAGUUACGCUACAGGCACUGUUGGGGUGGCACCUGUGCAAACUGUCAGUCAUAUAUCUGAAGCCACAAAAAAGGCUGUUCUGCUAUUCCAAGAAUAUGUACGCAAGUCAAAUAUGGCUCCAUUCUCCCCUGCGGACUACUCUGGUUACUGGAGGACUUUGACUGUGCGGCACUCAUUCUCAACAGGAGAUGUUAUGCUCAUUGUUGCUGUACAUCCACAGCAAUUAACAGAAGAAGAAAUAGCAAAAUUGAAAAAUGAUCUAAUAAAUCAUUUCAGCUCAGAUGAAGCUAAAGCUUGCAGUAUAAAGUCUUUGUAUUUGGAACUCCUUAUUAAAAAGAGAGUAGGGGAAGAAGGUUCUAAGCCAGUUCACUUGAUGGGAUCAACCCACAUUAUAGACACAAUAUUGGGAAAGCAAUUCAGAAUAUCUCCAGAAGCAUUCUUCCAGAUAAACACAGCAGGAGCGGGGAUCUUGUACGAGAGCGCUGUUGCUAUGAGUCACGUGACACCGGAGUCCGUCGUUUUGGAUAUCUGCUGCGGCACCGGCACCAUCGGAUUGUGCUUCGCUAAGCAUUGCAGCAAAGUGUUAGGCCUAGAGCUGAUCGCGGAAGCGGUGAAGGACGCGAAAGCGAACGCGGAGCUGAACGCGAUAGAGAACUGUGAGUUCUUUACCGGCAAGGCGGAGGACAUCCUGCCGUCCGUACUGGCGAGAGCGGGCCCAGCACAGGACCUCGUCGCCAUCGUCGACCCGCCUAGGGCUGGCUUACAUAUGAGAGCAGUAACCCAACUGCGCAACACGAAGAAAGUGAAGCGGCUGGUAUACAUAUCGUGCAGCCCGGCGUCUGCCGUGAAGAACUUCAUCGACCUCGCGCGGCCGCCGUCCAAGACGCUGCGCGGAGCCCCGUUCCUGCCCGUCCGGGCGGUGCCUGUGGACAUGUUCCCUAAUACGAAGCACGUGGAGCUGGCUAUACUGUUCGAGAGGGAAGAAGAAAAAGAAGAUGAAGUAAAGAAAGAGCCAGCUAAAGAGGACAGUGACGAAGUUGCCGCUGUAGACGUCAAAGACAUCAAGACGGAAUGCAAACAAGAAGACAGUAUGCCUGUAGAUGAAGUCGCAGACAUUAAAACAGAAUGCAAAAAAGAAGAUCAAAAUGUCGGGACAUGAAAAAAAGAUGAUAAUUAAUAAAUAAAAGUUUUUACGUAGUGUUAUGUAAGAACAUAAAUAAUUAAGAUUAUGAUUACUAUAUGUAAUAAAUUUUUAAAUUUA